GUUUCUCUGCAAGCUGGUAGGUUAGAUUAUGGAAUGUACAUAAAACAGUAAUACAACACUAAAUGUGUGACAUAAACCCUAAGACAAGACAUUAAAUGUAAUAUUUGUGUUUAUUAUCCUAUAGUGUUUUCAAUGCGUUUCUAACCGCAUUCAUAACAAGAAAUAGACAUUGAAGUCUGACAUAGGUAAAAAAAAAGGUUUAUCCUAUUGGUCUCCAACAAUUGUAAUUUUAAAUUAUAUUCAAGAAGACAAAAUAACCAAUAUACUGCCAUUUUUAAUCAAAAUGUAUUCGGGUCAAAAUCAGGGAUUGUUUUUUCUUGUGGCUCCCAUGGAACAUUCUGUAAACAAGAGGAUGUGAAUGAUCUUAGGUAGGAGGAGCAGAAAUAUGUUCAGAUGACUUGUAUUUCUAGUAAUUCUGGUAAAACUCAUCAGUAGUAGGAAGUGAUUCAUUGUAAGGGUGUAACACACUAGCUCUUUGCUAAUAGACAUUACUAAGAGGAGCAUACUUUAUGUUAAAGCAUCUGACGUGAGCCAUGCUUGAUACGGUUGUAGUAAAAUACUUAUUAUUAGUUAUUUUAUACAAAUAAAUUGUAUUAUAUUACAGUGCCUUCCUACGAGAGAAAACAAGAAUAUGGGAGCCAAUGAGUCUCAACCAAACAAAAGGAUUGUACUUCUUGGGAAAACAGGAGAUGGAAAAAGCAGUGCUGGGAAUACCAUUCUUAAGAAACAAGUAUUUGUGAGUAAAGCUUCACCUGAAUCUGUGACAGCUGAAUGUGUGAGCGGUGAUAGGAAAGUCUAUGGAAAAAAGAUCACAGUUAUUGACACACCAGGGAUCAUGGACACAGGUCUCGAUGAGGAGUUGAUCAAAUCAGAGAUCAUCAGAUCUGUAAUCGAAUGUGCCCCCGGACCUGAUGUCUUUACCAUUGUUCUGAAGGUCGGAAGGUACACUGCUCAUGAAAUGCAGAUUGUGGAUAAAAUCGUGGAAUAUUGUGGAGAAGAUACUUUUAAACACUCAGUAGUUUUAUUCACUCAUGGUGAACAACUCGAGGGUCAGACCAUUGAGGAAUUUGUGAAGCUAAGUCCAAAACUACAGGGGCUGGUGGAUAAAUGUGGAGGGCACAGUCAUGUCAUUGACAGUAAAUACUGGACGAAACGUCAUGUGGGAUACAAGAGCAACAGGGUCCAGGUGAAAAAUCUUAUAAAAGCCAUAGAGCAGAAGCUGAAAGACAAUGAGAACAGCUGCUACACUAAUGAGCUCCUACAAAUGGUGGAGGAAGAUAUUCAAGAGGAGAUGAAGAAUAUCAACGAGGGAAAAAUGGCUCCUGAAGAAAAACGAGAAGUAGCAAAGAAGAUCGUUCACAAAAAACUUUUGGUUAGACUUGCAGGAGUGACAACAGGGACAUUAACUGGUGCUUUCCUGGGUGUUGGUGUGGCAGUGGCGUCCGUCGUGGCUUUACUUAAAGUGGCAAGCAUUGCGGGAGCAGCAGCGGCUGCUGGAGCCACAGGACUAGCAGCAGGAACAGCAGGUUCAGGAAUUGCUGCUGGUGUCACAGGACUAGCAGCAGGAACAGCAGGUUCAGGAAUUGCUGCUGGUGUCACAGGACUAGCAGCAGGAACAGCAGGUUCAGGAAUUGCUGCUGGUGUCACAGGAGCUGGCGUUGGAGCAGCAGGUUCAGGAAUUGGAGCAGGUAUUGUAGGGGUUGGUGCUGGAGCGGCAGGAUCGGGUGUUGCUGUAGGUGUCAUUUUCGGAGCGGCAGCGUUUGCGGGAGCGAUAGGAGGAGGAGUCACUGGAUACAAAGCAGCGGAAGAUGUUGAUUCAGUUUCAGAUGCAAUAAGGAAUGCAGCCAAGCUUAACUAUGAGAAUGCAAAAGCUGUGGUCAAAAAGGCAGAAAAACACCAACACAAACUUUUUAAAAAGAAGUAGAACUAAAUAAAACCUGAUAUACAAAUUAAGUUGUAAAGUAAAUUAAAUGUAUAUGUAAUGUGAAUAGAACUUAUCAAUCAUUUCUGUAAACGGAACUCUACUCUACACCUCAUAGUGGAAUUUGUUCUCAAUGUUUUCUUAUUAUAUGUUCAUGUAGUCACACUAAAGUUAAAUGUUUUUCACCUUUGCUGUUUUUGUCGAAUUAUUUUCAAAAGAAUCUACAUUAAUCUUUCAUCCUACGUUUUUUUUAAGUGUACCUCAUCAAACAUUAAUAUUACAUAUACAUUUAUGCAUAUGGCAAACGCUUUUAUCCAAAGUGACUUACGUUGCACUAUCCUAUAAGCUACAAUUGUUUCUAUGUAUGUGCAAUCGAGCCCAUGAUCUUGGCGUUUUUAACGCCAUGCUCUUACCACUGAGCUACAGGAAAGCGUGUUCCGUAUGUGCUAUGUUCCAUGAAAUAAAUAGUCGCAAAAACAGUUGGAUUCUGACAUGUGGAUAAAGGUUCUGCCGCUAGAGGACACUUCAAAACAUUCAAAGAUCAUGUUUAUGGAUGGAGUAAUGUAUACAUUUUUUACUACUGUUACAUUCGAUGACUUAAAUCCACAUUAUAUUUCAUUCUAAUUAAAGUGCCACAAGUACUAACUUGAUGUUAAGUCACAGAUUCUUGAAAUAAGGCAAACAUUUUUUUUUUAAAUGUGUUAAAGCAUAACUGGUUAGUUGCUGUUUGGGGUUUCUAUACCGUUUUCAUGAAUAAUUUUCAUAUUAUAAAUGUAAUUAUUUUAUGUAAUUGUUAGUCAAUGGUUGACGUAUUUGUGAAAGUAUCAGGAAUUAUUUAAGAAAUGAAUUGAAUAAGUAAUCAAAUUAAUCAAUUUGAC